UAGAAAGUAUUCCCUCAUGGAAUCCCGGCCUCAUGAAAUGAGAUAGAAAGUGUCUGUCUUGGCUUUGCAGACACCACCAUCAGGAGCCCCGUACUAUCAGCCAUGGUCAACCCCACCGUGUCCUUCAACAUCGCUGUCAAUGGCGAGCCCUUGGGCUGUGUCUCCUUCAAGCUGUUUGCAGACAAGUUUCCAAAGACAGCAGAAAACUUUCAUGCUCUGAGCACUGGAGAGAAAGGAUUUGAUUAUAAAUGUUCCUCUUUUCACAGAAUUAUUCCAGGGUUUAUGUGUCAGGGUGGUAACUUCACACGCCAUAAUGGCACUGGUGGCAAGUCCAUCUACGGGGAGAAAUUUGAUGACGAGAACUUCAUCCUAAAGCAUACAGGUCCCGGCAUCUUGUCCAUGGCAAAUGCUGGACCCAACACAAAUGAUUCCCACCCGGGCAAUUCCCAGUUUUUCAUCUGCACUGCCAAGACUGAGUGGUUGGAUGGCAAGCACAUGGUCUUUGGCAAGGUGAAAGAUGGCAUGAAUAUUGUGGAGGCCAUGGAGCACUUUGGGUCUGGGAAUGGCAAGACCAUCAAGAAGAUCACCAUCGCUGACUGUACACAACUCGACUAAGUUUGACUUGUGUUUUUUUUUGAGACUGAGUUUCGCUCUUGUUGCCAGGCUGGAGUGCAAUGGCGCCAUCUCGGCUCACUGCAACCUCUGCUUCC